AUGUUCAGCGUGCCCUCAGUCCACGCGAUCGGUAUCCUGGAUGUGCGGCUCGUGAACUUGGACCGGAACGACGGCAACUUGCUCGUGGCCAUCGAAAACCGAAGGCCGAAGCUGAUUCCCAUUGACCACGGCCUUUCCCUUCCAGACCGAUUGGAGGUCUAUACCUGCGACCUGGUUUGGAUGGAGUGGCCUCAGGCCCGAGAGCCCUUUGGAGCCAAAGAACUGGAGUAUAUCAGGGCUUUGGAUGGAGCUCGGGAUGCUGUGAGCAUCGAAAGGCAGGUCGGAGUGCGUCGGGAGUGCCUUCGUUUAAUGGAGGUGACCACGAUGCUUUUGCAAAAGGGAGCGGAGCAUGGAUUGACCUUGCACCAAAUAGGUCUCAUUAUGUACAGAGAGGAUCGAUGCAGCGAAGAUGAGUCUCCAGUUCAGCCCAGUGUUUUAGAGAAGAUGAUCACGCGCUGUGUUGAUUCAGCAUUGGCAGCUGUGGGUGAAGGACAUGGUACAGUCUCAUCAACAGUGGAAAGUUUGGAUCUUGAUUCAAUUCGGGCUUGCUCACCAAUACGUCGACAAGUUUCCCCAGGCCAUUCCUUUCCAGCUUGUCCGUCUCCUUUGCCAUCGCCAAUGAUUUCACCAGCUGUUUGCAAUUUUAAGGCAGAUUUACAUCUGCCACCUCUUGACGAUGCCGAUGAUGAGUUCGACCUACAAUGCACAGAGAUCGGAGCCCUCAGCUUGUGGAACAGAUUCUCAACAAAUCAGAACGACACUCGUACAUACCAGGUUACCACGUGUUUUUUUCGAAUGUUUAAACCAUGGUUAAAACCAGUUCUUCAUAUGAUGUUCGAUCAAUUCAUAGCUCGUCAGCUUUCCAGUCAUGGUCAGCGCUGCGCUCACGUCAGCUGUCCCCCCUGGGCCCGGCAUCGGGCUCGGCACCGAACUCGACGGCCGAGGUUUGACUUUGGACGGGCUGCGAGCCCGGAAGGUCGAGGCGAUCACGAUGGACGGAGCGGCGACCACCAGGACGAGAGCCCGGAUGAGACCGUAGCUCUUCGAAAAGUGCGUGGUUCUGCCGCCAGACACAGGCAGCACCUUUCGGUGCGACCCUCGGCUCUGGGUGCCAGCGGUGCCAGCCGAGAAGGCUCAGGAAAAGAUGCAUCUAGUGCCAUCUUUGCGAGACCCAAUUUGGAUGGCUCCAAAUGGUCGCACCGGCUGGAGCAGGCCUUCAAGCGGCAUUUUGAAGUCCAACUCACGGACUACUUCAAGAAACAUUUCGCCAACGCAAGCUCGAAGCCUGCAGGUGAUGACGGUAAAGCUGAAACCAAAGCUGAGUCUUCCCUUGCCAGUGCCUUCGGCGUGCGGCCCAGUGAUGUUGAUUAA